UAUCCUGACUGAGAAGUCCCUGACCUCGUAUGAACUCAACAUGAACAUUAGCGUGUGUUUUGAGGCCCAGGACAGCUGUCUGUUGCAUGAGCCUGUCUUUAUAAACACGGAGCUCCCGAAAGUCUUCUGCACCUGGGGAAGUGGCCUCAUCAUUCCAGAUUUUGACCUUGAGGAAUGGGUGACCGAGCAGUCUGAGACUCUUGGGUCAGUUCUGUCCAGCACGCUAGCUAACUCCUUAUUAGAGCUUCUAGUGGUCAAACCAUACCUAAGUGAUCCCAUGUGUUCCCUGACCGAUGUUUUGUACACUCCUCGUGUCAACGGUUUCAAAGACGAAUGUGGUGUAUCCUUACCUGCCCUGCCCACCGGAGUGUCCUGUCACAUCCCAACAUCGUGUACUGGUAUAGACUGCUGUCUGGAGAUCCCCCUCAUCUCCAAGUACAUCCAUGUGUUUGCCCACCUAGACCCGUGCAGCUAUGUGCUCAGGCUUGGAAUAGAGAAACUCUCCUUUAACAUGUCACUCUUUGACUAUUCCUUUGGACAGGAACAUGUGUUCUUACUUCAGGGAGUAUUCAAAAUCAAAGUCAUGAUAGAUGACCUGAAAGCGGAUCGUGCAUACUUAGUGAACGUGGAUGUGAAUGCCUGUUUCGACACCAAGGAUGAUAGCCGGUGUUUGAAGGUUCCGAUUCUUGUCAACACCAAAUUACCCAAGCUGCUGUGUAACUGGAACCUAGGGUUCAAGAUCCCAGACUUUAACCUCAACAACUGGCUGUCAGACAAGGGUUUUGAUCCCACACAGAAUCUACAGGAAGCAGCCUUCAUGUACCUGAUGCAGGAGUUGGGGAUCCUUGACUAUCUGGAAGAUGAACCGUGUGAUGCCAGUGUACCAGGAUGGCAGUCCACAGGUUGUGCAGAGAGCCUGACCCUUCCGUCCCUUCCUGGGAAUACUGCUUGUCGCGUCUCUGACCUCUGUACCGGUGUAGAAUGUUGUACGAGUGUGCCGAAACUGGCGCGGAACUUUAACACCCACAUCUUACUGGACAGCUGUGCUCACACACUCAGCAUCGGCAUUGAGAAGUUAUUCCUCAACAUUUCCCUGUUGGACUAUAACCUAGGAGUCUCCGAUAACUUCAACCUCUUUGGCUUGGUGAGACUGGACUAUUUUAUAGAAGAUGUGGCGAGUCAGGAUCUAUUCAUUGCCAACUUGAACAUCAGUGUUUGCCUAGAUAACACAACAGUUCCCUGUGCCAUUGAGUCUGUAGUGUUCAAGGACGUUCAACUUCCCAAACCCCUGUGUAGCUAUAGCGGAGGUUUCCGCGACCAAAAUUUCUCAUUGUCCACAUGGAUGAACGAGAAAGAUCUGCCGGCUGGGAGUAACUUGCCAUCCUGGGCAACUGACCUACUGCUGCAGCAAUUAGGCAUCGCUGCCUUGACAGAGGAUUCACCCUGUACCGUCAACACAGGGCCGUACGGAAACUUACCCAACGGCUGGUCUAGUGAUUGCACCCUGUCGCUCGACCUGCCAACCCUGCCUAGCUAUCUUUCCUGUCACGUCCCUGACAUCUGUACGGGGGCCGUGUGCUGUGCGAGAUCCACCGUCCUGGGGCGGUCGUUCACAGCCAGAAUGAUACUGGAUGCGUGUAACUAUAAAGUUUCUAUCUCUAUAGAGAAACUGAUGAUCAAUAUAAUACUGCUGGAUUACAACUUUGGACAGUGGGAAGUGAUUGACUUGGAAGGCCUCAUUGCUAUCAGGUUCAAGAUAGACGACCUUACCGCGGAGAAGAAAUACCUGAUGAAUCUACAGAUGAGUCUGUGUUUGGAGAGUGGAGGGGACUGUAUCUGGUCUCAUAACCUACUGCAAAACACCAAGAUCUCCAAGCUGGCCUGUCAUUGGGGUGACAACUUCCCCAUUCCAGGGUUCCAAAUUAGUGACUACCUGGCCAAUAGAGGUCUGACUGGACUUAUAUUGUCCAGCCUGGAAAGCCUACAGCUGCUAGAGACACUCGGAGUUUUAGAAUACAUGCUGGAGACACCCUGUAACAGAGGGGGAGCACUGUAUACACCUCGUGAUGCAAAGGGAUGGACGUCAGUGUGUGGAGACACAGACGUUUCCCUGAUGACACUCCCCAGCUGGGCCUCUGCUAACCUGUACAGCAGCUGCACUGGAAUCAGUAUGUGUCUAAACCUGGACUUCCUCGACCGCACAGUCAACGCCAAACUCGAACUGGAUGCCUGUAGCAGCCAACUCCAUGUUGGCAUUGAACGGUUCCAGUUUAGCUUCACACUCUUCGACUUUGAGUUUGGGAAAAUUCACCGACUUACAAUGUUUGAGAUCUUCACAUUAGAGUACAUGAUUGUUGACCUGACUGGUGAAAAAAAGUAUAUCGUGAACCUAAACAUGAGCGUGUGUUUUGAUGAUGAUCUGACGAGCUGUCAGUUCUUUGUCCCAGUGUUCGACAACACCAUCCUACCUAAGCCAGUGUGUAGUUGGUCAAGGGACUUCCUGGACAGUAGUUUCAGCCUUGAUAAUUGGUUGGCUACCAAUCAUUACAGUCCACAUCAGACCCUAUCUACGACGGCGGUGUCGCAGCUGUUACAGACACUUGGUCUCGGAGAGUAUGUAAAGGACCCGCAGUGUGACCGCUACAACUACCCUUACAGUGGUGCCAUACUGGGCUGGACAACAGAUUGUUUAAGUGCUGAUUUGAAUGAUUUGCCUAGCAACCUGACCUGUUACCUAGACAGUACAUGCACUGGGAUUGAUUGCUGUGUUGAUGUGAAUUUCAUGCAGAGAACGUUCAAUGCUUACGUCAAACUGGAGCCGUGCAACUACAAAAUCAGCGUGGGCAUUGAAAAGCUGCAGUUUGAGAAAAUUCUGAUUGAUUUCGAUUUUGGAAAAUGGCAUAGUGUUCAAUUGUUUGGAGUAGUCAGCAUGGAUUUCAUUGUGGAUGUUUUCCAUGCCGACAAUAUUUACCUGAUCUCUAUGAGCCUGAGUCUGUGUUUUGAGGCGGGCAAGCCCUGUCAACAUAUCUACCCAUUGCUUGUGAACACCGCCAUUCCUAAGCCUGUGUGUAACUGGAACUUAGGAUUCCUGGAUCCAGUGUUUUCUCUGAAACAAUGGAAAUUGAACCGCGGUAUGACUAUUGGUGAAGCCCUGGCUUAUCAUGAUGUGUCAGAGUUACUACAGAGCAUGGGUGUGUCAGAUUUAAUGAGGUCAGAGGCAUGUAGUCGCUCUGAGGCACCAUACACUGGAGCCAGUGGUAAUGGCUGGCUGGAUCAAUGCUCCGGUACAACCUCCGGCCUGCUGAGUCUGGGGUCGGGAGUGACGUGUCGAGUCGUUGACUCCUGUACGGGGGUGGACUGCUGUGUGGACUCGGACACGCUAGGCUUGGCCAUCAAUACCUACGUCUACCUGGAUGCCUGUAACUACCGCCUCAGUGUAGGCAUUGAAUUCCUACAGCUUAACUACACUAUGGUAGACUUUGUCUAUGGUGAACGUCGUACAGUGUCGCUCGUUGGAAUGGCCAAUUUGGAUUACCUGAUCCUGGACUUGGAGAGCGAGGAUUCCUUUGUUGUAUCAGUGAACAUAUCAAUUUGUUUCGAGUCUGCAGAAGCCUGUGAUGUGUCAAAAACAAUACUGGACAGUGUAAAGAUGAAGAAACCUGUUUGUGAUUGGAGCACAGAUUUCCUCAUACCAGGUUUCAGUUACAAUGAUUGGCUGGUUUCUCAACAAUGGCCAGUUGGACAACCACUCGACUCCACAAUGAUCAACCGUCUGCUGCAUGUGCUAGGGGUCGCCUACUACUUACGGGACAGUCCAUGUGAGCGCAGGACCUUUUACCCGACCAAUAGCGAGGGCUGGAAUAAAGGCUGUCGACCUUCGGUGGACUUGCCGACAUUGGUUGACGUGAUGACAUGUAACCUGUAUGACACGAUUGACCCUAACACCGGCUGUACAUCUGUUCAGUGUUGUACGGACGUCGCUCUCAUUGGCAGGUCCUUAUACACCUACAUCACUGUCAAUCCCUGUAACUUUAAACUGACCAUCGGUAUAGAGAAGUUUACGGUGGUGAUCGGACUCCUGGACUAUACCUACGGCACCGUUGGUCACACCUAUCUACACGGUGUUAUACGAGUCGAUUACAUCAUAGAAGAUUUGGAAUCAGAGAGGAAGUUCCGAGUUUCUCUCAACACCAGUAUUUGUUUUGAUUCGGGGUCAUGCAACAUAACCAGUGUUAUCCUGAAUGACGUCAAACUUCCCAAGCCGGUGUGUGAUCUGAGUGCAGGCUUUAUCGAUAAAGAUUUCUCCCUGGAGACUUGGAAGGAUGAGAAGGAUGUUGUUGGUGUUGUUACCGGUUACUUUGUCAAUCAGUUGAUGGACACGCUUAAAAUCACUGACUUUCUCCUGGAUACCCCGUGUCAGAGGACAAAUGCGCCGUACAGCUCAGCAACAAAUGGUGUAUACAACGAAUGUGGCUCCCUGACAUCACUGCCGACCAUUACGGAGCCAGCUACCUGUCACAUCCUCAGUCACUGUACGGGCGUAUACUGCUGUAUGGAGCCGGACGAUGUAGAUGUCACCUUCCAGGCAUACAUUGACCUUCUUCCGUGUCAGUUUGAAAUGAAAAUAGGGAUUGAAAAACUCACCUUCACUUUUUCCUUGUUUGACUUUGAAUUUGGGAAGGAAUACGGUUUCUACAUGUUUGGUGCUGUGCGGUUACAUUACUAUGUCAUCGAUUUGGUGGAAGCCGGUGUCUAUGUUGUCCACGCAAAGUUCAAAGUGUGCUUUGAGGCAGAUGAAUCCAAGCCUUGUGACAUUGAUUUCAUCUUGUUUGAUCAUUACAUUCUACCGAAGCAAACUUGUAACUGGGCCACAGAUUUUAAUGUACCAGGAUUUUCCCUGAGUAACUGGCUGUCGUCGGAGGGUGUAGUCAUGUCAGUGCCACUCCCAGCAUUAACUGUGUCAAGUCUGUUGUCCUAUCUGAAGCUAGCAGCAUACCAGUAUGAAACGUCAUGUGACCAAAGUUCAGGCAUUUACCUGCCCACUACAAACAUCUGGAAUCCAGAAUGUCCCAAGUCGAUUGACCUGCCAACAAUCUCUGAUGACAUCACCUGUAACAUCCCUGACUCGUGUACUGGUCUCAGCUGUUGCCUGAACAUGCCCCUAUUGGACCAUACUUUCCAGCUUUCUCUCAACAUCGACUCCUGCUAUAAGAAAUUACGAGUGAGCAUCGAGAAGAUCUACCACGAGGAGUCUCUGAUAAACUAUCCAUUUGGAACUGAGAAGUACUUCUACUUCUACGGAGUGGUCCGUAUGGUGUACAGGAUAGAGUACCUGAUGUACGAUAGAAGUUACCUGGUUUCCCUGGCGAUACAGGCGUGUCUGGAGACCUCCGGAGCCUGUACACAAAAUUUCACUCUCCUCGACAGUGUACGCUUCCCUGAGCCAGACUGUACGUGGGAUGCAGGAUUUGUCAGUCAAGAUUUUUCACUGAGCCAAUGGCUCCAAGAGCGAUCACUCACUGCUGGCACACUGCUCACCCCGGUGUACGAGAGCGAACUAAUGCAGGACCUAGGACUGGUCAGCUAUAUACAGGACCCUACCUGUGACCGAACAUCGGCAUUAUUCACUCCAUCCACAAACGGCUGGAAAUCUGAUGUAUGUGUUGGUUUGCCGGAGCUACUGCCUGACCUAUCAGCCCAUCCUGUUUCCUGUGCACUUAACUCAUGUACCAGUUGGAUCUGCUGUGUAGAACUGGCCUUUGUCCAACAGAACCUCUUUGUUAAGUUUGAUAUCCAACCAUGCAACCUGUUGCUUUCUAUUCAAAUGGAGGACUUGUAUGUGGAGAUUCCUCUCCUGGAGGACUUAACAGGGAGAUCAAGGACUUUCUAUCUAAAUGGUGCACUCAGAGCUGACUUCAGUAUUUACAACCUGGAGAGUAAAGAUUUUUACCUGGUGAACCUUGACCUCUCUGUGUGUUUUGAGACCAUGUCCUGUGAGUGGACGGCCCCUAUCCUGAAGAACACACUCCUUCCGAAACAAUCUUGUGAUUGGAACAGACCCAUGGUUGACACUGGAUUCUCCCUGGCGACCUGGAAGUCCUCUAUCGGAGCUGGGGCAGUACUGACUGACACUGAAGUCCACCGGUUACUAAACGAGCUGGAGGUCAGCUUCUUCCUGUCCGACACACCCUGUGAUACAUCAGCUGCACCCUACUCUCCAGAUGUCAACGGCUGGAACAAAACCUGUACAGAGGAUGUAGGGACCCUGCCGACCUUGACCUCUGGGACCCGCUGUCACCUGACUAGGCUAUGUACUGAGGUGGACUGCUGCUCCAACGUGCCCACUAUCAAACAAAACGUCCAUUACAAGGUGCAUGUAGACACGUGUAAGAUGAUGCUGACUGUGGGGAUUGAGGAGGUACACGCUGUGAUUCCACUGUUUGACUACACAAUGGGAGAGACUUGGUACUACAAGAUCAGGGGUAUCUUCAUCAUCAGCUACAACAUCCUGGACCUGUGGGGAAGUAACAAGUUACGUGUGUCUAUCUCGAUCCAGUCCUGUUUCUCCGCCGGGUCAUGUGACUCGCCUAUUGCCAUACUAAACAGUGUAGAACUUCCCAAGCCUGUCUGUAACUGGGACUAUGGUUACAGUAUCACAGGGUUCUCCAUAGAUCAGUGGCGACUUGACAACUCGGUGGAAGUGGACAGCGACCUUGACCAGUACCAGAUCGCUAGGCUUCUCAGGGAAACAGAAAUCUCGGCCUAUUUGUAUGAAAACGAGUGUUCCUUUGCCACUGGUGUUUUCAGUGGUGCUAUUGAUGGCUGGCACAAUGAAUGUCCAACCGUCGUAACACCCAAUCCGGACGAAGCCACAUGCUACCUGUCCCCCGACUGUACACAGAUGGAGUGUUGUAUGUUGGACCGUGUCAUCAACAGGAAUAUCCACACUUAUGUCCGCCUCGAUCCCUGUACCAACGAACUCAUCAUAGGCAUAGAGAAGCUUGCCUUUAAUGUAUCUCUAUAUGACUACAACUGGGGUGAACAGAAGGAGUUUGAUCUCGGUGGUGUGUUCAGGAUCGGGGUGAUGAUACAAGACCUGACCCAUGAGGAUAUGUAUGUAGUAAGUGUUAAUCUGAGUCUGUGCUGGGAUAGUGGGGCACCUUGUGGAACUAUUGACCCUGUCCUUGACAACACACUGCUCCACAAGUCCACCUGUACAUGGGCCAGGGAUUUCCCUACUACAGGGUUCUCCUUGAUCCAGUGGUACAGCGAUACCGGAUACACACCAGUGUCCACACUGACCGGUGAUGCACUAGUUGAUCUGAUGGAGGAGCUUGACCUAUUCCCAUACUUGAAUGACAAUGUGUGCGACAUCUCAGCGACACCGUACUCUCCUAGAGAUGCCUUAGGGUGGAACAUUGGCUGCAGUCAUGCCAUCGCUGUGCCAGACUUACAUGCUGAUGUAUACUGUAAUAUUGGUGACACCUGUGGGUCCGUGGACUGCUGUGUAAAUGUUGCCACCCUUGGCAGAUUCAUGCAGACCUAUGUCUACGUAGAUCCUUGUACGUACGACCUCACCAUCAGAAUUGAGAAGUACGGCUUCACCAUCUCCCUACACGACUACACCUGGGGAUCCACACUUCUGCUCUACCUGAAUGGGGUCGUCCGUCUGGAGUUGUCAGUAGAUGACCUGUAUUACCGGAGUCAGUUUCUGCUGAGUCUGUACGUGAGUGUAUGUUUUGAGUCGGCGGGACCCUGUGUGAUAAACCGUUCACCAAUACUGGAGAACACCCUCCUUGACAGACGUCCCUGUAACUGGGAGUCCACCCUCGAUCUCAAUGAUACAGCUUUCGACAUCACACAGUGGAGAACCAGCUUUGGGUUUACUAAUUACGACGAGCCUCUACCACUGUACGCCCAGUCACAGUUGAUGAACCGGUUUGGACUGUCGCGCUACCUGAAGGAGACGUCAUGCUCCAAAAGUCUGUCUCCCUACGAUUCUGCAUACUAUGGAUGGGUUAAAUCCUGUGUGACGCCGGUUCAGACCCCGCUGUUAGUUGAUGAGACUGUGUGUGUAUUGGAUGCGGAGUGUACGGGUAUUUCUUGUUGCCUACACAUACCAGACCUGUCCAAGUCGUUUAAUUUCUUCGUCAAGAUUGACUCCUGUAACUACAAGUUCAGCAUCGGCGUGGAAAACCUGUCUGACAAUAUCACGACAUUCAACUUCGAAUAUGGUGUAGUAAAGCAGUUCUACUUCGGAAGAGUUUUGCGUAUUGAUUAUCUUCUUGACAACCUGAUGGGUGCCAACGACUACCUUCUGAGUCUCAAUGUCAGCGUAUGUCUGGGGGUCAACACUUCCUGUGGUUACCAAGAACGGAUCCUUGACAACACCAGGCUACCAAAAUCUACUUCCUGUGUCUAUAACGACGGAUUCGCCAUAAAUGACUUUUCAUUUGCCACCUAUCUGGUAGACCAAAGUAUCCCCAUGGGGACCCCCCUGGAGGACUAUAUGGUGGCCCAGCUGAUGAAGGACAUGGAAAUCUCGCCUUAUGUGGACACUGUGCAAUGUGACCCCACCGGUGGUCCGUACACAUCUAAAGGUUCAGACGGUUGGGUGAGAGACUGUAGCCUGGCCACCGCUAUGCCCUCACUGCCAUCACACAUGAGCUGCCAGCUCAAAUCGGACUGUUCUUCGUUUGGUUGCUGUAUGAACGUCAGCAAGAUCAAUCGUAACUUUGCCGCUUCAGUGGACAUCAACUCAUGUGAAUCCAAACUCAGCAUCCACAUAGACCGUUACUACAAAAACAUCACUCUCUUCGACUAUACAUUUGGUGCCUGGGAUCAUUUCUAUUUAAAAGGUUUUAUCAGAAUUGACUUUGUCCUGUAUGACCUAACACAGGACAGGAAGUACUUGUUAGAUUUGAACAUCAGUGCCUGUCUGGAAACAUCCCAGCCCUGCGAGUUUGUUACCCAAAUAUUCAAGGACACAGCUCUCCACAAGAGACCCUGUCAAUGGAACACUGGAUUUGUUGAUCCCAAUUUCUCUUUGAACACCUGGGCUAGUGAUAAAGGCCUGAACCUGGCAGAUCCACUGCCUGAGGUCUACAUCGCGUUACUGAAGGAAGAACUGGGAAUAUCUGUGUACCUCCAGGAGGAUGUAUGUGACCGCACUCUGGAGCCAUACUCUCCACACAUAUCUGGCUGGAGGGAUGAAUGUGGCGUUGACUACAAGACAUCACUAUCCUCCAACGACAUUCAUUGUUAUCUGCCCUCCUCCUGUGGAACUGUGGACUGCUGCACAGAAGUUACCCAACUGGACACUACAAUUCAGACUGUGGUCAGUCUUGACCCCUGCAACUUCACCCUGACCGUCACCAUUGAGAAACUGACCUUCACCAUUUUCUUGUUUAAGUACAGCUGGGGAACCAACCAGACCAUGGACCUGUUUGGUGUUUUCAGACUUGAUUUUAAUAUAGACAACUUGUACGAGGAGAAAGCUUACCUGAUCAACCUGAACCUGAGCCUGUGUUACGAGGCUAACCAGGCAUGUGAUGUCAUCAUCCCUAUCAUGGUCAACAACCUCCUCAGGAAACAGGUCUGUGAUUGGGGCACAGAGUACAGGAUAGCAGAUUUCUCUGUGUUUUCCUGGCUAACUGACAGGAGUGUAUCGGACAAGACAAACUUGGAGGACCACAUAGCUUGGCAGCUGAUGGAGGAGACGGGUCUGGCUGCCUACGCCAAACAGACACAGUGUGCUCUGGACCCGGCAGCUAGUCCAUCCGGCUGGACUUCAGAUUGUUCCUGGGUGAGUGACCUUCCUGCCCUAACCCCGACAGAGAUCACAUGUAAUGUGCUGGAUACAUGUAUGGGCGCGGCCUGUUGUAUGGCUGUCGACUUCAUACACCGACAUUUCAGUACUUACAUCAACCUUGACCCCUGUGAGUCGCGCAUCAGUAUCGGUAUAGAGAAUAUUGUCUACAACACUACACUGUCCAGCGACAUCCUCGGUACACUACAGACGUUCUGGAUGGAGGGGAUUAUCAGAAUUGAUUUUGUGAUUGAGGAUCUCUAUGACAACGAGAGGAUGUACUUGAUGAACCUGAACAUCAGUAACUGCUGGGAAACGGCUUCCCCCCAGUGUUCCAACGUCCACGUCGUGUUCAAAAACACCCUACUCCCGAAACCUAUCUGUCAGUGGAACCAGGACUACUUCUACCCAGAUUUCUCCCUCACCGAUUGGCUGAUGGAAAACCGAUACAGCAUGUCCCGGCCGCUGGCACCACAUGUGGUAGCUCACCUAUUGGACCACCUGGGUCUCUCCGGACACCUGCUGAUGCCAACCUGUGACCCGCUGGACAGUAUUUACCAAUCAUCUGAUGGCACUGGGUGGUUUAAAUCAUGUACCAAGACAGUGAACCUUCCAAACGUCACAAACUCAGCGCUGUGUCACCUGAAGACUGACUGUACCAAACAUGAAUGUUGUAUCUACAGUGACCUGGUCGACAGGUCGUUCCAUACUUACAUAGACAUCGACCCCUGUAGAGAAGAGAUGACUAUUGGCAUCGACAAGUUUCAAAGAAGCAUUUCUCUGAUUGGCUAUAAUUGGGGUGGUAUUGAACAUUUCUGGAUGGCAGGAGUUAUUCGACUUGACUAUCAAGUAUACGAUUUCUACCAUGAGCAAGACUUCCUGGCGUCCUUGAAUGUUAGCCUGUGUUUUGACGCUGCUGACUGUGAUCUGGUGGUCGUCGUACUGGACAACACGAGACUACCCAAGUCCCUGUGUACAUGGAACAAAGACUAUUACAUUCCAGAUUUCAAACUGUCGACAUGGAAACAGGAGUACAACAUUGGUGUAGGUGAAGAUCUGCCUGACUGGGCCGUGUUACUACUGAUGGAGAAACUAGGCCUCGCUAGCUACUUAGAGGACCCUAUGUGUGCCCUGGGAGCAGGAGUGUUUGACAACUCGGAUACUGCAGAUGGCUGGAGUAAAGACUGUCCUCUGACCUUGACCCUGCCUGACCUUGCCGACCCGGCAGCUAUCAACUGUCAUCUGACAGAUCUGUGUACAGCUGUGGAGUGCUGCGUGACCUCUGACCUGGGCCGGAACUUUCAUGUGUACCUUCAGAUGGAUGGGUGUCAGUCAUACCUUAACCUGGGUAUCGACAAAUUCUACACCAACGUGUCUCUCACCAGCUUCACCGAAUGGCGACAAGAAGAGCACUUUUAUCUGGGAGGAAUCAUACGACUAGUGUACAUGAUUGACCACUUUGACGAUGCCGCAGAGUUUCUGGUGUCCAUGAAUGUGAGCGUGUGUAGUGAGAGUGACCAGGCGUGUGAGGAUAACCACCUGGUUCUGGCCGACGUCCGUUUACCGAUGCUUCCUUGUAGCUGGGAUCAGUCCUUCAAACAACCAGGUUUCUCUUUGACCACGUGGCUGAACGAAACUAUGGUGUCCACCCCACUGACUUCACAAGACUUGUCCAAGUUGUUUCUGGACCUUGGACUGUCCUGGUACAAGAUGUCAGUACCGUGUGCGCAAGAAACCAUUGGCAACAGUGUCCCAGCAUCAGACGGUUGGGUUAAAGAUUGUGAAACAUUUGUGAAUGUGUCGGAGAUAGCUAGUUCCAAUACCUACUGUCUACUUGCUGACAGUUGUAACUCUGUUCAGUGCUGUCUGACUGGAACUGACCUCGACUACGCUUUCCACGCCGGCGUCAAUAUUGAUGGUUGUGAUAAUCAGCUGGUGAUCACUCUGGAGUCCCUGUCCAUACCAGUCCCACUGCCCACCUACAGUUGGGGUGAGAAGGUAUCCUUCAGGUUACAAGGUGUUCUCGGAGUAGAGUUGGAGAUAUACCGCCUGGUUACCGAGGGUAACUAUGAAGUAACCUUAGACUUGAUGCUGUGUACAGAGAGUGCCGGUCCUUGUGACCUGAUCGUCAACGUAAUGAACCAUACCAAACUGCCAAUCAAGACCUGUGAUUUCACCUCCGGAUUCGCUGCCAAAAAUCCAGCUUUCUCAUUGAACAACUGGCUCACAAGUAAAAACCUGGACCCAAACCUGUCUCCUCUACCAGGAUACAUCUCCUACCAGCUAUUGGAGGAUCUGCAAGUCGCCCACUUCCUGAUGGACCCCCAGUGUAACCAGUCUGCUGAACUGUACGCUGGGGCAACAGAUGGCUGGAAAGAUGACUGCCACGUCGUGACCACCUUACCGUCUCUGACCGGUACUGCCACCACCUGUUACCUUGGUGAUUCCUGUACCGACAUCCAGUGCUGUAUGCUGGUUGAUCGUAUCGACACAAACAUCUACGCUAAAUUGGCCAUGGACCCAUGCAGAAAUUCCCUGAAAAUCAAGCUGGAAACAAUAUCGAUUGACAUUGAUCUACAUGUUUUUGAAUUUGGUACAUACCAUACUUUGUCCCUGUACGGCCCAUUUCAGCUGGUAUAUGAGGUCAGAGACCGUCAGAUUGAGAGACAGUACGCCUUCAAUAUGAGGAUUGAAGCGUGCUUCGAGGUGUCGGGACCCUGUGAGAAACAGGUGACAGUGUUUAACGAAACAAUCAUUGACAAACCAACCUGUAACCACACAGCUGGCUUCCACAACUCCUCAUUUUCCUUGACACAAUGGAUGACUGAGAGAGGCCUAGGAGUGAACGACACUUUUACCUCUGCCCAGAGUGACGAAUUGAUACAAUAUUUACGUUUGGACGACUACCUUUCCACGACAGAACUGUGUGACUAUCAUAGCAUGAAGCAGGACGUAGACAUGUUUGGCUGGAUCAACGAUUGCACCAAUUUCACAGCAAGUAAUAUGUCCUACUUGGCCAACAUAUCUGAGUCGGUUCCGGCGGUCUGUGAGGUAAUGGAUACUUGUAAUGGUUUUUCCUGCUGUCUGUAUGCCAGCAUCCUGAAGCGAAGUCUACAGGCCACCAUCACCCUCGACACCUGUACAUUUACUCUCAAAGUCCAGCUGGAGAAUCUCGUUCAGGAAAUAGACCUACUCAACUACCUCUGGGGGACACUGGCAGAGAUCCAGCUUCAUGGUGUCUUCAUACUAAGAUACUCAGUGAUCAGUAUUCCGAGUCUGAAGAGGUUCUCACUGGACGCUGACAUCAAGCUGUGCUAUGAACAAUCGAGCUGUAAAUACGACUUUGAAGUUCUCCACAGCACACACAUGGAGUACGAAGUCUGUGACCCGACGGUCCCGCUCCCCUUCCAAGGGAUGACGUUUGACUUCUGGAGAAGAGAUGAGUGUGCAGCAGUGUCAGGAUCUGGAACUUGUACAGGAAACUUGACAACGUAUGGCACCACUAACUGUAAGAUCGUGGACUCGUGUACCGGCGUAGAAUGCUGUAUGAGUAUGAACUUUAUCCCGGGUGCGCGGCGGAUCAAGAUGACCUUCGUGACAGACAGGUGUGCCGAUACCCUUACCUUCAGUCUGGAGAACAAAGCAUGGACAAAAACACUGAGUGCCAUCGAUGGUGUGAAACAGACGCUGACCAUUGGUGUGAAACCAUCCUUCACCCUAAACUACACGGUUACCGUGAUCGCGGCCAGUCAGGUCAGGAUCAGCCUCUCUCUGGAAGUGUGUGAAUUGUACGGAGAAGUGUGUGAAAGACAGGACAUCAUGACCAACACGUAUCUGACCCAUUCUGCAUGUACUGCACCCAGCCGUCGACGUAAACGGAGGAGUGCCAUACAGAAACGAGACGCGCAGGAGCUGGACGUUUCAGACUUGAGUGGAGGUCUGAAAAUCCUGAGAGAUAGAGGCUCCACAGAGGAAGAAUAUGAUGCAUUUGUGGAACAGAAUCGAGCUUAUGUGCAAGCCCAAGAGGUUGCUAACCUGGUCGGAGCUGAUGUAGGAGAUGAUGACAAUAAGAUGGGGAUAAAGUCCUCCGUCCAGGCCAUGGGCACCGGCAACCCUUUCACCAUAGCAACCAUGGGAAAAUUGGAGGGGGCAGUUACCAUACAAGGGGGUGAUGCUAUCACAGGAAUGUUGGGAACGGUACAGGAUAUUGCUGGCCACGCAGAACAAGCUUUUGUCGCAGGUCAGGGCCUCUCACAAGAGGGUGUGCAAAUGCUUGGUCGCAAACUCGCAUGUAUGACGAUCGGGGACCUUCAGGGUCUGCUGGAUACGCAGAAUGUUGACCCGUUUGAAGUUGCUCAGCUGAUGAAAGACCUGAAUGACCUGGGGAAGGCUCUGUAUUCUGACUUUAUCGAGAAGUUAUUCAGUGACGCUGAUGGAAUAUUUAAAUCGUUUGAUGUGACGUUGAAAGGAGAUUUCAGCUUCCCUAGACAGAACAUUGAACUGUUCACAUUCUCCAAGUUUUUCAUGGUCGGCGGGUUGGUGCCUAUGACUUUUGGUUUUGGUGCUGGCGGUUACUAUGGGAUGAAGUUUGAGGUCGGGGCCAAGAUAAUGGAUAUGGCAGCCGUAUGCGGGGUGGAGCCAUAUGGGGGUCUGACAGUUUGGGGUGAGCUAGGCAUUGGGUUUGCCUUGUAUGGCAAGCUCCGUCUGGAAGGACACCUCUGUGACUUAGGAUUCCCAACUACAGCUGAAAUCGGCUUCAAGAAAUUCCCAAUUGAUGUAAAGUUGACUAUGUAUCUCCGCCUGACUCCGAUCUCACUUAACCUCUACGCACUGGUGACCUUGGAGGUUGACCUUGGCUUCACUUCAAUUGUUAAGACGCUGUUUAAGAAAAAGCUGUUCAGCUAUGCCACCCCAACAAUCAUGAAGAAACUCAUCGACAAUACCAAGGCAGAUCCUGACAAUUCUCCGCCUGAAAUUAAGAGUUUUAGUGAUGAUGGCAGCGGGUCGAGCCCCGUCACAGGUUACUGUUCAGUCCAUCAGAUGGUAGGGAGAGACUACACAGAGCCGAUGGUGGAGAUUUCCCUUCAGGCCGCCGACGACAAGAGUGAAGUUACCAUGACGUUGGAUGUUGGUACCGUAGCAGGAGCUAAAGAUGUGAUGGAAGGCAAAGAACUCGGAGGACCUUUAGUUCAGAUCGAAGAGCGAAUGUCUGUUACUGGUCUGCCAUUGAAUUUCACCGUGACCGUUGCCAAUGACGCGGGUGGGGCAGUCAAGGCCGUGUGCUGGAUUCCCACCUACGACGUUAACAUCCCAGGGGGACAAUUCCGAGCAGCUUUCCUGUCUAGUAGCAAUCCUGAAGAGAUGAAAGCAUCUGUAGUUGUAUUUGACGAUUCACUGAUUCAAUCAGCGGAAGUUUCCGUGGGAUAUGGACGUGAGGUUUACGGCGACCAAGUUCUGAUGUGGGAGGAUGUGAACCUUUACAAGAGGUUCCAUGAUGUAGAUAUAAGCAAUGACCCACUCAACAUCAAGGUACUAGGUCUGUUUAACAGCGGUAUGUUUGGACGCCUGAUUGGUCCUGUAUUUAUGGAACUGAACACCGUCAACACUGCUGGGGAUUGCAUGCGAGCAUGUGCCAACUUCCCAGACACCAAGUGUCUGAGUAUAAACUACGACUUUGGCACGAGUGGUCACUGUGAGCUGUUGGAGGCUAUCGAAGGACACGACCACAAAGUGUCACAGUCUGGCCUGUACCAACACUAUGAGAGACUAGGGAUUGGACUUGCGGUGGAGUUCUCAUACACAGGCCUCUCGCUGAUCCACAACAUGACGGUAUACUUCAACCUGCGUCUCAUCAAUGCACUGGAAUACCUGAACAUCAUCUCCACUGAUGCAAUCAUAUCAGACUUUACAACUCCAGAACCAGGUGUGUUAAUGAAUGUGAAGGAGGACCGCCUGGAGGUCGUGACUUGUUCCAACCAGAUACCUGAGGACAGACCAGAUUGGUUGCCUCGCUGUGUCGGAAUGUCAAGCAGUGUGUCCAAUCACAGGGUAAUCAUUGACGGUCUAGGAUCUACGACAAUUCUCAAUGGACAUGAUCCUGGAGAUGAGACGCUUUAUACACGUGCCAAUCGUUAUAUCUCAGCCAAUUGGAAUGGUACAAAUGACUUUGAGACUGGUAUCCUUGGUUACACGGUAACAGUGGGGCUGAAAUACUGUGAGGAUAUGAUCCACCCCCACCACGACCCAGAGAAACACCUGUUUGACGAGUCACAGUGGACAUUAUCGGCCAUGAUAUAUCCUCUCACUCCGCCAUACGACCCAUUACCAGAUGGAAAAUAUUACAUUACUCUGCGUGCCCUGAACAAAGUGGAGUAUGGUGGACCGUUGGUAACAAGUAUCUGUCACACUACAGCCUAUACUGUCGACAACUCGCCACCAAUUGUGUACGAGGUCUACAACAUCACGUACAAUGAAGUCACCACACUGAUCACCGCCAUGCAUAACUCCACAGAUCCCGAGUCCGGAGUAGAGUAUAAUGACCUGUGUCUGGGUAAAACUACCCGUGACUGUUACGUCUCGAACAACCUGUGGGAGCGCUACUCCUACAAUCCUUCCAUCCUACACUUCUUCAAACUACCUGAUGGUAUCCCAGUCUGGGUCAAGAUUAAGGCCAUCAACAGAGUGGACCUAAGAACAAUCAAAGUGGCCAACUCUCCAAUCAUCAUCGACUCUUCAUUCCCUUUCCCUGGAGUCGUUAAUGAUGGCCCCAUCUAUGGGGUUGAUCUUCAGUAUACCAAGGACUACGACUCGCUGUGUGUGAACUGGCAGGGUUUUUACGACCCCGAGUCAGGUAUAGCCUACUACCAAGUAAGUGCGGGAUCAGUGGACAGUACCAAUGUCACCGACAUAGCCAAUCUGACACAGUACACGCACCUUGAUCAUGAGGCUUGCGUCACCCUCAACCCCGAAAGUUACCUGGAGCAUGACAAGGAGUACUUUGUCACAGUGUGGGCUUACAACGGAGGACACAAACAGUUGGGCGUGGCCAAAACCUCAGAUGGAGUGGUAUGUGACCUAACCGCCCCUUUCCCUGGUGAAAUUAUUGAUGGAAACCGAGAAAACUUUGAGGAUCAAGCUUAUACAGCUGCGCAAGCAAAGGUUGAAGGUCAAUGGAAGGAUUUCUCUGACCCCGAGUCGUUUAUCAAGGACUAUAAAGUACAAGUGCACCGAGCAGUGAACUUGAGCAUGGACUAUGAAGUACUGAGGGAUUGGACGGAGUUUGAUAACGAGACACUCGGCGUGAAGUGGCUGAACUUUCACUUGAACCAUCGAGAUCGUGUAAAGCUCGUUUUGAACACAACUAACGGGGCUCUGAACACUAUCCAGAGUGAGACUGACAGCUAUGUGGUUGACCUCACGCCUCCUAAACUGUUCUAUCUAGGGGAUGGUGUGGACCCUGAGAAGGACAUACAGUUCCAGUCUAAUGCAAACAGUUUAUCUGCCAACUUUAAAUUCGAGGAUGUGGAGUCUUACAUCAACCACUACAAGUUCCAGAUCUAUGAAAAGAGAGGAGGAUCUCGCAACCAGAUCUUCCCAGCAAUACAAGGGGAGUGGCACGAACUGAGUGACGAUCCAGCCCGCACCCUCUACACCCAGACACCAAUGGCUCUAAACGUCGGUAGCAGAUACAGUGUGCGUGUCGGCGCCAUCAACAACGCUGGAUUUGUUGCAGCAUUUGAAACAGAUGGCGUUGUCAUUGACGUAUCACCACCAUUGACAUUGUGGCUUAGAGUAGGGAUCCUGAACAACGAGAUAGAGGAGAAGGUCGAAGGUUACGUGUGGCAGGCUGAUCAGACGGGCAUCAAAGCUAAGUGGUUUGCUACAGAUCCUCAGUCUGGAAUCAUCGGCUACAAAGUGGCUGUAGGCACCACUCCAUAUGGCACAGACAAGCUUGACUACACGGAAAUCAGCGACAGCGAUGUAUAUAUUCCCAACCUUGACCUUGACCUCACCAACCUGACUACCAAGAGUCCAGUGUAUUAUGUCUCGGUCAAAGCAAUCAAUGGUGCCGGAACUGAGAGCACCACCGCUGUAACGUCUACACCCAUUGUAGUAGUAGAACAGGACACCGCAGGUUACGCCAUAGAUGGUGCCGAGGGUCUGGGAACUGAUGACAUCAUGUCAAUGGACAUUGACUACACUAUGGACUUCUCCGUGGUAACCGCCCAGUUUGAGGGCUUUACCAGUGACCUCCACGGGGUCAUGGCCUUUGAAUGGGCUGUUGGAACCAGCCCUGGGGGCGAGGAAGUCCAGCCUUUCUUGACUGCAGGGAUUGUCCACGAGGAGGAUGAUAGUAUUCCUGGAGAUGGUGUAGCCAGUAGUGGAUACGCUCAGACCACUGCCCAGUUAACAGCCAACAAGACUUACUACACCACUAUUCGAGGAAUUACCAACGGAGGAAAUGUCCUAGAGACUUCAACCGAUGGUUUCACUAUUGACCUCACUCCCCCCAGUAUAAAGCUGGAACGCUUGACCGACAAAUAUGCAACUGAUACAAACAUAAAAGAGGGCGCCACCAUAUACCAACGGUCUUCUGACUCCAUGACAGCAAGCUGGCAGUACAACGACACAGAAAGCCCUGUCGUUGAAAGCUGGUACACUGUGGGCACAUAUCCGUUUGCAGAUGACAUCAGAACAAUGCAGUAUGCUGAGAUUACCUCCCUUGGCCUGAGUUCCAUGCCCCUAGGGUCCAUCUCACCUGAUGUCACAGGCAAACCCAACAUUCUGAGUAUCUGGGCGAGGAACAAAGCAGGGAUUAUUGAAGGUGUGGCGUCCGGCUCUGUUGUGUUUGACAGUUCUGAUCCACUAAUGGGUGAAGUCACCUGUCCGGAUUAUGUACAGUUGAAUGCGCCGGUGCUGUGUACAUGGACAGGCUUCUUUGACGAGGAAAGUGGCAUAGACAGGUACCUCAUCACCAUGGGACAGAUACAGGGCUCAGACGACAUCUUCAACAAUGGCGAGGUCGAAGGGAGCAUCACCUCUUACUCAAUUACAGGUCUAGGCAGUAAGCUGAAGCAUGGUGGCACUUACUUCGUCACUGUAACAGCUAUCAACAAGGUUGGACUGGAGGUAUAUGCCUUCUCUAACGAGAUUGGAAUCGACAGAACGCCGCCCGUGGCUGGUCUGGUGGUGGACCUCCACACCGUUUACCGGGUAGACGCCACCAGUACUGACAAUACUGUAGCUUAUAACAGGAAAGUCUGCACGACCACUGAAGACUGCCUGGCCCUGGAUGCUGUUUGUACUGAGUCGCUGACAUCACUGUCUGUCACCUGGCAACCAUUUUCUGACCCUGAAUCCAAAAUUGUGAGACACCAGAUUGCCGUGGGUACGACCCCUGGUGGAGGUCAAGUGAAGCCUUUCUUUGAUAUACCUAACGAGGCCAAGCACUACACUGUCAGUGGCCUUAACCUGCUGAACCACACACAGCUAUUUGUGUCGGUGAAAGUCAUCAAUGGUGCAGGAUUAACCACAGUAGCUACAUCAAAUGGCAUCUACAUGUCCUAUCUCAGCCAGGGAUUACCUCCCCUUGGUCCUGUGGCGGUCGUCGACACUGUGGAAAAUUCCAUCGGAGAUGUGAAUUUUCAGACAGAUUUGGCAACUAUCCGAGCAGAGUGGGAUGUCAGUGGUGACCCGUGUCCCGUCCUUAGUUAUCACUGGCAGAUAGAACGGAUAGACGGAGUAGUCAUUAUGUCAUAUCUGGACAUGCAGACCCAGACAGUUGGUGUAAAUGAUGGACUACAAAUGCAGGACAGAGAAAUGUACUUCUCUAAAGUAAGGAUCACCAAUGCCCUCAAUUACACCUACGUUAUACGGUCUGACGGCGUCACCAUUCAACAAGAUCCUCUACUUCCGGGUAAAGUGUUCGACGGUGGCAUCACUGGUUAUGACCUGAACUUUUUACCGUCGAGGAUUACCGUCGCCGCCAACUGGAUGGGCUUUGGUCAGCCAGCUGACUCUCUCAUACAAGUAGAUGUUAAAUCAGGUAACCCUGGUCUACAAGAAGGCAACGAUUUAGAACAGGAUCGCAAUCAGCUUGUGUCCUUUUACGAGAUUGCCAUAGGAACGGAUCGAAGAUUUCCAAACACCCGAGACAAUGUUGUACCGUUCACAAACGUCGGUCCAAAUACAACUGUGACCUUGUACGACCUUGAUCUUACCCCAGUGACGGCAGUGUAUUAUGUUACAGUGAGGGCAACUAGUACAUCUUACUCUGAAGCUACCGUCACAUCUAACGGCUUUAGAGUGGGAUAUGAUAGCGCAAUAAUUCCUGGGGAAAUUGUGCUUGCAACAUAUGUAAGUACAUACCAGUACCUGGAUUCACAGUGGGAGGAAUUCACAUCAAAUCUGGACAUUCUCAUGUACUACGUGGCCGUAUCCAACAACUCUGAUGCCAACAACACUGACUGUAAACUGUAUAUUGAGGGAGGAAGGGCCACAGAGCAGGUGAAGCUACAGCUGUUUACAGAGUUUAAUGUGACCAACUUAGGCAAAAAUUCCUUCACGAAGAUACAGCCCCUAAACCUGACGCAGGGCGAAUCCUACUUCCUCUUCGUCAUGGCCACUGACAAAUCUGGGCAGUGUGCUAUGACUAUGACGGAGUUCACUACAGAUACGACACCUCCAACCAUAGGGCGCAUGAAGGCUGGCAUAUUCUAUGAUAUGCCUGUGUCUUACACAAAUGACAACAAAUCAAUCACGGUGGAGUGGGAAGGUUUUGAGGAUCCCGAGUCGAACAUCACCAGUUACUCCCUGGCAUUGUACAAGUAUGCCUCCUGUACAGUCACAGAUAACACAGAAAUUCUCGUCAUGGAUUGGAUAGCGCUCUCCAAAAAUAAUUCAGAAUUUACUCUCGUAGACCUGGAGCUAAAGCCUAACAUCCCAUACCUGGUGAAGUUGAAGGUCACUAAUGGUGCUGGUCUGUCUGUUACGAUCAGCAGCCCGCCGUGUUUGUAUGACAAAUCUGUCCCUACAUCAGGGAGAGUGUCGGAUGGACUCGACUUCCAGUUUGAUGGCGUCUGGUUUGAUAGAAAGACUUCAAUGACAGGUUCCUUCCUACACCUUGCCAGUCCUAGCGCCUUGAAUUGUCCGCUACGCGAAAUAGGCGUGGCCUCUGCCGCGGGAUGGUAUAAAAUGGAACAGAAUGGAUUCAAGGAUCCGACUUGUGUGGAGUGGAGUUUGUCUCAGAAGGCUGGCUAUGUCAUCAAGGACGUGUUUGACGAUAUUGUUACCCUAAAAGUGGCCAGGGAUUCCAAAGAAGAAAAGGUCAACGCUGGUAUCUACUACAGGAGUGCUGAUAUGGAAAAUGGAGGGGAAUAUCAGGUGAUGCUGAAGGCAGCUGGAGGUGGUGGUAAGGCUGUGACGGAGAUCCUGUUCUGGGACGGACCAGUCGGUCAGAUAGCCACACUGGAUUACUAUGAGGAACCAGACUGGACAACAGGACUGUGCUCUUGUUGUCUUAUUGAUCCUCCUCCAGCGGACUGUACCUGUGAUUGUCCCUACUACCUACAACAGAACAAUCUGACCGCAGUCCCCGCGGCCAGUGUAAUCACCACCACUCUAGCCCCUACAACAACUAUCAUAACCACAAGCUCUGCCUACGCCGUCAUCGACAGUGACACUGCUGUGGAUGGUACUAAUGCAGUAGACACCAGUUGUCCCCUUACGCAAAGGUCAUGUGCAGUACAGGUUCACACCGAGGACCAAGCAAGAGGAUUUAAAAACCAACUUGUAAUCUGGUGUCGAGACUUCAAUAAUACGGAUCAGCUAAGCAAGACACAAUUUGAUCUGACCUUUAACCCCUCCACCAGCUACCAUACCUAUCAAGUGAACUUUGAGGGUGUUAAAGAGGAAGCUGUGUCGACCCAGUGGUGUAUGCGUGUGUUUGUGGACUCGGAGUAUAUGACAGAGCUGUGUGGUAUCCCAGAAUUCUCUGUCGACACACAAUUGGUUUUCCAUGUGUACAACAAGAACAACUAUGUCCCACCAAUAGUCUCGACCUUUGAACCCUGGUCCGCCAAAGCUUACAUCAAGGACCUCAUUAUGCCUCCAGAAACUGGUUCCCUCUGUCGCUACGGAAUCCCAUUCAGGGGGGCAACCGACCCGAUUCUUCGCUACGAGGCUGGCGUAGGAACAACCAAACUGGGCACUGAAGCAGAACCAUUCAGCGUGAUUGACACGCCUUGCAUCCCCUGCUUUGGUGAGUGUUCACGGUACAACUGUGAUCCCACCUGUAACCCUGAGGAUCAUACACUCAAAACCUUCACUCUCACCAACCUCACCCUGGAACCUAAGUUGUAUGUCCUAAAUGAGACAGGACAUGGCCGACUAGAGGAUGUCACCUACUAUCUCACAGUGAGAGCGAUGGUAGGAUCAGGUGACACAACAAUGAUGUCAUCUGACGGGUUCUACAUAGAUGACACGCCACCAGAAUUUUCCAAGGAUAUAUUCAUCUACAUCGAUGUCAACCAGGGUGAAUUUACUCCUACUUUCUUCCAAUCCUCAAACAGCACCAUCAAGGCUAUCUGGUUGUGUGAAGACAGUGAAAGUCUUAUAAAGGAUUAUCAGUGGUCUAUCGGUACCGCCGUGGGAGGGAAUGACCUACAGGACUGGGAGUCUGCGGGAGUCAACCCCACAGGGAUCAACGAAACGUUUGAGGGGAGGCUGGAACACAACACCACUUACUACGUGUCAGUUAAGUGUACGAACGGGGCUGGAGCUGUGGUUAGCUUCAAUGAUACCAAAGGUACCACUGUGUUACUGGAAGCGCCAGUUAUAGAUGAUGUCAACACAGAACUAGCAGGGACAGAGCCUUUCCCACAGGCUGUGAUACCAGCCAAUUCCAUGAUACUCAAUGACUCCACCACUCUCAGCUGUUCCUUCACCAUGUCAGCCGAUGACAGUGUUGAUCGCUACGAUUUCUGUGUGGGAAGCACUGACAAAGACGAUGACAUUUUUCCAUGCACAUACUCGGCCAUCAAUGUGUCUACAAAGGUGGAGGUAAAAAAUGGAAAAUUCUACAUCAAUGGCAUGGAGAUAUGGUCUCUAGGACAGAUGCGGGCUCCCAAGGUCGGAGAGAGUUCUGCAGAUCAAUCAGACAGCUCAAACAGCAAGUUCCAGUUAGAACCAAUGAGACAGGCCGUUAUGUAUUUAAGGAUCUGUAAUAAGGCAGUGCUUUGUGCCAAUAAAACUGUGGCGACCACUAUCGUCGGCAAUGCUGGCAUGAUAUCAGGUACAUCGACCAAUGGUUCCAUUGUGACCAUUACGUUUACCCUGGGAUCGAAGCGACGAAGGAAGCGAGCCACCAGUAACGUGGCUGUCCAAACUUCUGAAGGGUUACAGUCGGGUCAGACUCUCAUGGUAACGCCCCUGGACGACGCUGCAGUACAGAAGGACUAUCGGUCAGAUGCUUCCCUUUCCUUUGUGCCCUAUAUAGUCAACCCCGCGACAACUAAUGACCUCACCGAACGAUUACUACGGAAGCGAUUCCUGGGGUAUUCAGACACAUUCGCUAUUGGAUCCCUCGGCCACUAUGAGUUACCGGGCCCUCUACUGGUGACUUAUCCUGACAGUGUGGGAAACGUUACCUCUGGCAACAGAACCAUGCUUCUGCACUGGAACCCAAAACAAAACCAAUGGGAGAUUAGCAGUGAGUCGUGUGAGUACGAGACUGACCGAGAGGUGUUUAAUGGAGAUGGCACCGUUACAGUCAAGGUCUGCAAUACACACAAAGAGGCAAUUGAAAAUGCCACAGACGCAGCUCCAGAUAGUUCCAGUAGUCGACGGCGACGUGCAGCGGUUAACGCAGACUCCUACUUCAGCUCGGAGACACAGUUUGUAUUGGCCGAAGCAGCAGCAGAACCCUUCAACUCACCACCUGUCCUGGACAGUGACCCCUACAUAGCUUUGCUGGAGGAUGAAGGAAUUAUUCAGUACCAGUUGAUCUAUUCCGACCUGGAGAAUGACACCGUGGAGUUCUUGAUUGAUGCUCCGUCUGGGAAUGAGACUACAGGGACAGUUCAGUUAUCUGUGGAUGGACUAUUGUACUACACCCCUUGUACGGACUGUAACGGCUUGGACUAUAUCUACAUCUUGCUAGCCGAGCUCCAGUCUGACCCAGAAAUACCACCUGCAAACACCUCAGUGAUUCUGACUGUAAACAUCACCAGCAUAAACGAUCCACCAGUAAUUUUUGCGGCACAGUUUGGUGACAGUGUCCUAAAUGAGGACACCACUGAGCCCAUUGUAUUAUUCAUAGAACAGAAGAAUAAUUGGAAUUCUGAUAAAUGGGCGACAACAGACUCGUUCCUGAUCAUUGGAGCGUAUGAUGUAGAGAUGGAAUAUCUAAGCGUGUCCUAUUCAGAACCAGCAGUGGGCACCAUCCUGGCUUCCACAGAGUACACAGAUGUCCCAGAGGUUGGCUCCUGUCCUGCCAACAGACACGAAAGGACGGCCACGAUGUUCCCGUGUGGUAACUUCAGCAGUGAGAUUCCACACGACCCACUUAACAUGUCCUGGCUGUAUUUUUCACUUAAUUUCUCCCAACCCGACGGAUUCAUCGGACUGGUCUUCUCCAAGUUUUACUUUAAUGACACAGCAAACAAAACAUCUGAUGUGAUCACCAUACAGUUCACGAUCCUGGAAUCUCCCUGUCACAACGGUGGCAUUUGUGAACCCAAGAAUGGGAGUAACUACCCAUGCCAGAAUGUGUACCGAGCCAGCAGUUUUGACCAGUAUUACGAUUGUGUGUGCCAGCCUGGCUACACGGGUUUCCACUGUGAGGAGGAUAUUGACGAGUGUGUUAGCUCCCCUUGUCCGGCACCCUUUACCUGUAAGGAUGGAGUUAACCAGUAUGAGUGUACCUGUCCUGACGGCGACAUCAGCUGCCAAUUAGAGGCCUGGAUGAUCGCCCUCAUCGUCUUGGCGUGUAUCCUUCUCAUCAUACUCCUACUACUGUGUCUGUACAUCAGGAAAGUCAAGCGCAGUGGUCAUUAUGGCUGGGUGAAGAAGUAUAUCUUGUGUCAGGAGAAACAUGAUUCUAUGGCCUCACUCAAGGCAGAGAGCGAGACGUCUGAUUCCUUGGAUGGAUCAGAUGACGGUAUUGAAGAGUAUGAUCCUUUCGAUUUGAACCAAUUAGUCAAAAAUCCAUUUGGCGGAGACCUUGGGCCUGAAGUAUUCCCCGAACAUACCUUUCCACCGGAAUCCUCAGAGCUGCAAGAUUUUGAUAAAAGCUACGUAGAAGGAGAUGGAGCAAGUGGGAAACAGUUACCUAUCAUUUGUGAGAUUGAAAAACAGCCCCCACUUGAUACAAUCUUUUCGGAACCUCCUGAGUAUACGACAAACAUUCAUUCGGAACAACUUGAUGAGGUGCCGGAUCCUUUUGAAUACAACCCACCCACAGAACAAAUAAAGCAGUCGCUUGUACCGGAUGCAUUUAUGUACAUCGAACCAACUCCAUAUUAUCAAGAUGUACCGGACGCAUUUAAUUACAUUGAACCACGUGUUGAAAUAGUUGAUGAUAACACCCCACCAGUGAGGAAUCGCAUCCACCCGACUCAUGAAUACCAAACCUUACCCCGAUAUACCCACUCCAACUUCCAACCCCUCCCAAUCCUUAAGGGAACCAAGACUUCAUCAAUGGCGAUGGGAGGGGCAGGCUAUCAAAUGAAAGCUGGAGGAAAGGUAGUCAAGCCACCUCCUCCGUAUUCAAUGGAUGACUUCAUGCAGAAAAUGAAGGAAAAUGCAAAGAAAAAGAAGAAGAAAGUACCGAGGAAACGCAGGAAGAUGAAAACGAAAACCGCCCCUCUAGACGAUGAUGUUGACGUAUAUAUGGGACAUGUCCGCCAAACUCCACUUCCAAGUAAAAUCCACACACCAAUCGAUUUUGAGAUGUCUCGCAUACCGUCCGAAUCACCACCGCCUUACGCUUCUCCACAGCCAAAGGGUUCUAACUCCGGGAGCAGUCACAGUCCGGGCGACGGAGAAUCUAUCGAAAACGUGAGCCAGACAAGUCAAACGCCGCCAACGGCAAUCUCUUUUCUGUCUGCCAAGCCACUCCAGGAUUUUCCUCCCGUGUUACAUCCUAAAGAAGCCUUUGUGAAAUCCCAAACAGCCACUCCUUCAGUCCCAACCUCCUCCCUGCGAGGCAGUUCUCUUGGAAAACAGCGUGGGAUACCCUCUCCGUUAUCUAUGGGUCAAUCGCGGGCCAACUUGGGUCGUGCCCCCUCCCCUUUCCUGCACAUGCGCGCAGGGACGGAUAGAGAGCCCAUUGACAUCGAUGUGGAACACGAUAAUAUGUUGGGAGUAGAGGAGAUCGAUAAUCCAGCGUUUGAGGAUGAUGGCUGCAUCAGGGCAGAUUCGAGCAGCCCUUCCCCGAGUCAGCCGUUCCUUUGAAAUUCUCCGUACACAGCAAACUAAUAGUUGAAACUAUGUUCUUGAAAGAAACGUAAAACACUCUCCAAAUAUUUUUAGAUAAUUUACAAUUUCGAAACUAUUUAGUUUCUGUUAUUUUUGUGUACAAUUAAGCAAUUGAAAAGUAUCUUGAGAAUAGUAAGUGUCGCUUCUGACAUUUUAAAAAUAAUGAUUAUUGCAAUUAACUUUUGGCCAUAAAUCAAUGCUAACAAACAGAAAUAUCGUACAUGGAGGUGUUUGUAUUCUGAACUUAUCUGUGAUAUAAAUGAUUAACGUGUGCAAAAUAACGAUUUCCUGAUGUGUUUUAGAGAUUUUAAUGUUUACAAAAUCCGUCCAUAAUUGAUUGUCUAUAGUCUGUGUUUCGGACAGUGAUGUUUGCUCAUUCUAAAUAUAUUGUCUCUUAUUUGGAAUUCAAAAAAAUGAAUGAUUAUUACCGACUUACCACAUUACUGUAUUACCGAUUCAUAAAUGCUUUAAAAGAUAUACACACUUUACAGUUCCAAGUGAUUUUUGUGGCUUGAUUUUUUUCUAUGUGUUUAUUGAAUAUACAUAUAUAUAUAUAAUUCACAAAUUUGUCAAGAAAUUAACGUUUCGUUGCCGUCCAUCAUAAACAAAUUCUAAACAGAUAGAUGAAAUUUCUUCGUCUCAUUAUUGUUUUACAUUGUGUAAGAUGUGGUAAGCCGGUACAAUUUUAUCCCAUGUUUUAAUACUCUACAAUUAUCAUUACAACUUUUUACUGACAUUCAAUGUUAUCUCAAGUUAGAAGUGAUUUAAGAUCAGCUGCAAGACGUGAUAUAGUUAUGAGUUGCUGUCCUUCAAUCAAUGUACGAUGUAUGAUAGCAUUCGGAAGGAAAGCUUGAAUUUACAGAAAUGUUCCAAAGCAUGAACUCAGAUAUUGAAUUAUGAAUGCACGUGAUUUUUUAUGUAAAUUAACUCGGCUUCUCCAUAAUGACAUGCUUGAUGUCCUUAGAUCAUUGACAAAGGCAACAAUGAACUGAAUGUCUUAGAUAUGCUUGGUCUAGAUUUCAUAAAGUUUAUAUGUUAAUUGAAAAAAAAAAAACAUUUAAUAAAAUAAUUUAGAA